AUGAACAGGGGAGACGUUUCUGUUCCGCCUGAGGGUGUUGAGGAAUCUGCAGCGGCUGUGGUUGAAGCAGAGGUUGCUCAGGCUGAGAGCCAGGAGUCGCAGAACCCGUGGCCCCACCUGGAUGACUAUUUUGUCCUCAAGUCAAGGGAUACGAAGAACGCCAAUAUUUUGUACUUCCUGUGCGUCAUGUGUCAGCCCAGGGAGACCAUAAAGGGACAGGCGUCGAGCCUCUACAAUUUGAAGUCAUAUGUUAAGAGGAAGCACCCAGCACAUGCCAUCAAGUUUGAGGAGAAAAUCAAGGCCGGAUCUUCCCGUGGAAAACACGGGCAAUAUUCUUGUUGCAGCGCCAUUAGCAGGAGCAGCAGCCAGUUGUCACAGAGGCCUGCAAAGAGAGCACACCAGACCAUUGGCGAAGCGUUCGUUGCUGCUGGCACAAGUGUCUGUCAGUCUGUAGUGGACACAGAGAUUGUGAACUUAUUCGUCUGUAAUAUACUACCGCUGCAUGUACUGGAAUUCCCCACCUUUGUCAGCUUGACCACGACACUGAGCUCCAGCAAGACGUCGAUGUCUCGCUGCACUCUGGCCAGGAAGAUUUCGGUCAGCCAUAAACAGCUGGAGGAGUAUUUUAUAAGGCAUUUAUAG